AUGGCAGAACCUGAAGCAAAAAGGUUAAAGAAAACCAAAAGAACAGAACCAUUGAUCAUCAACUUUUUUGAGGCGUUGACACCAGUUUUACACGCACCAGGUCAAUGGAGAAAUCCAAAAGAUACUUCAAGAGAUUAUUACAAACCUGAGUUUUGGAUCAAGGUUGCCCAAUUAGCUGAAAAGGGUAAAUUUCAUGGCAUAUUCUUUGGUGAUUCACUAGCUGUUUAUGGUGGCUACAAAUCACAGGGUUUGGGAGGCCCAUUCAAUUUUGAAGAAGCUGCAAAAUCAGGAAACAAUUUUCCAAAGAAUGAUCCAACUGCUUAUAUUUCAGCGUUAGCCAUUAGUACUAGAAAUAUUUCAUUUGGUAUCACUUGCUCCACUCUGAGUGAGCAUCCUUAUCAUUUUGCUAGAAGAUAUGCUACACUGGACCAUAUCACAGGAGGUAGAAUGGGUUGGAACGUUGUUACUUCAUUUUUACCUUCAGCUGGUAGACAGUUAACUGAUAAUAAUGAGCUACCUCAAAAAGAAUUGAGAUAUGCUAAAGCUGAUGAGUACUUACAAGUCUUUUAUGAGUUAUUGUUAUCUUCCUGGAGAGAUGAUGGAUUGGUUUAUGAUAAAGAAGCCGGGGUCUUUUCAGAUCCAGAUGCCAUUAGAGAGAUCAAUUUUGAUGGUAACUACUACAAGGUUCCAGGUCCUCAAAUAACCGAGCCUUCUCCACAAAGGAUCCCUGUCAUAAUUCAAGCCGGUGCAUCGCCAAAGGGUUUGUUAUUGGGAGCUAAACAUGGUGAACUUAUCUAUGUUGGUGCUAGAUCACCUGAAAUUGUUAGAGAAAAGAUUGAAGAGACUAAAAAGUUGGCUAAAGAAAAAUUUGGUAGAGAUCCAAGUCACCUAAAGUUUUUGACUAGAAUUGCCGUUGUCAUUGGCACAACCCACGAAGAAGCGGUUGCCAAAUAUGAGCAAAUGCUUAAAUAUAACGAUCCGGAUGGUGUAUUCACUCAAAUUGGUGUUGGUGGUGGUGGUUUAGAUUUAUCAAAAUUCGGAAAGGAUGAAGAUUUGAGUAAAGUCGACGAUCCAGCAGCUAAAGGUUUUGCUAUUAACUAUGGUAAACAAUUCCCAGGUGAAAUCAUCACCAAGCGUUUUAUUGUUGAUCAUUAUCAUAACCACAAUACAUUAUUCAUUGGUACUGCUCAAGAAGUUGCAGACAAGAUCGAAGACUAUGUUGAAAAAUCUGGGAUUGAUGGGUUCAACUUCACAAAUAUUGUUUUCCCAGAGAACUUUGAAAAUAUUGUUGAUAUCUUGAUACCUGAAUUGCAAGAGAGAGGUUUAGCUCAAAAAGAGUAUGCUGUUGAUGGUGGUACUUAUAGAGAACAAGUUUAUAGACAAAAAGGUCAUACUUUUGUUCCAGAAGACCAUUAUGCUUACCCAUUAAGAUGGAAAUCCGGUGUCAGCAAAGAGAAAUUCGAAAAACAGUUGGGAGAAGUGAAGGAAGAACAGAAAAAGUAUUUAAUUUCAGAAUUAUAAGCUCUUCCGGUUAAAUGAAUGUGAUUUUUUGGUGUAAAUGCGCAUUUUGCCGUUUUCUGUAGAUCAAUGUCCGCC